CCAUCAUGCGUUGCAAAAGGAACCAUUACCGCGAAAACGUUGUUACAAUUGUAAACAGUCAAAUAAACUCAAUGUGUAUCAACUGCACGACGUAUAUACAAAAAACAAACAAGCAAGCAAGCAAUCAUAGGUGUUUUUGCAGUGUUGAUGCGUUCUUCUUUGAUUAAGUUUUAAAAGAAGACCUUUAGGAUCAAUCAUGACGGGAAAAACAACGUCCACUGCAUUUCUCAAAGAUGUGGUGGCAUAUGUUGAUGUGUGGUCUGCGAGCAGAACAGAGGAUUACUCUGAUCCAUUCAUUCAGCAGUUGAUGGACAUGGGUGCAGAGGUAUCUAAGACACUCAACAAACAAGUGACCCAUGUAGUCUUCAAACAUGGCCGCCCAUCCACAUGGAAGAAGGCCCAGAAAAUGGGUGUGCGGAUUGUUUCUGUCCACUGGGUAGCAAGAUGCAAAGAGAGUAAUGAACGUGUAAAUGAAGAUCUUUUCCCUGCUCAAAAUGAAGACUCCAAACUUCAUCAUCUAAAUAAAAGAACGCAUCGUUGCAUGCAGCCUAGAGAUAUUCCUGUAAAGACUCCUGAGAAUGACAGGCGGAUGAAGAGAAAAUUAGACAAGAUGAUGGAAGGCCUGAUCUCCUCAUCCCCCAUUGUUUCCGACGCCUCACCAUUCGUUAUUGAUGAGGAAAAUGGAGUAGUGUACAGUCCUUCAUUAAAACGCUCUGACAGCAUGGCUCGGCGACUGAGAGAAAUGAGAGCUCAACGUGAACAUCUCUCACCCACUGCCUCACAGAUGCUGGAGAGUGGCUCAGGAUGUGAUUCGCCUUCAAGACCUUCUCUUGGGGCAUCACCAAAUCUGUCUUUCUUGCAGCACCUAGAGGAAGAACCUUUGGAUUGCUUUACAACCUCUCACUAUCAUUCUUCAGAGAAAACAGAUGAACAAGGAAAACAUAAUUGUCAUAAAAAGUUAAUAAUGAACAUGACUAAUAAACCAAAAAAACAAACACCACCUGAAUCAGACACUGCCUUAGUUAUGUGCAGUCUGGCCGGCAUUGAAACAAAUAGUAAAGUCUCACCUAUGUCUUCCAGAUCAAGACGGUCUUUAGUGAACAACACUGGAGAAAAGAAACAGUCCACUUUGGAAAGUUACAUUAAUAAACCCUGUUCAGAAAGAAAACAACGCUCACACCUCAAACUACAAACUGAAAACAGUGGAAUAUCUGUUAAGUUAUCUAGCAGCCCUGAAAGACCUAGAAGUUCCUUGCCUGAAAGCCUGACAAAAACAAAACACAAAAACAACAAAACUAUACAGCAGUCCAAAGAACUCCAGACCAACUCCACACGUUUAUAUUCCAAGAAGCCGUCUUCAUUAGACCGUUGUUUUACAGAAAUUGAAAGUGAUGGAUCAGUAACUCCCAAGCCUGUUCAUAAAUUUCAGUGUCAAACUUCUGCAGCACUGCAUUCUGUUGACUCAGUUGGUGAUCUUCCUAGUAGAGAUCUUGUGGAUGGUGAGAUGUUUGAAGACUACUUCUCACCAGCCAACAAUGCCCUUAAACGAAGGGUUGUUUUAUUUGGUUCAACCUCAGAAAAAUUGCACAUGCCCGCUUUUGACCUGGAGGACUCAAAAAAGAGGAAGGGCAAGAGAUUAUGUGGUAAAAAGCGAAAACAUGAAAAAAUCAACAUUAAGGACUUGGUUGAUUUAUCAGACCUUGCUCCUGAGAUGCACGAAUCAAGGCCUGAAUGUUUGUCUGUGAAGAUGUGUGAAUUGCCCAGAUUUGAAGAAAUAAAACUUGAGACAUCGGCAAAGAAACAGAGGACACAAACUAGGCUGAGCUCUGCUGUUCUUUUUGAAGGGAAGAAGCGUAAAACCUCAACUGAACUCAGCCCUGCUAAUGAAAAGACAUCAAUGGCUACUUCUCCAGUGUCAUCUUCAGCGGUUAAUGUGAAGCUACAGAUACAGAACUGUCUUGAAACUGACCCUGACCCCAAAAAUGGCAUUGAAAAGAAACAAAUGGGUUUAAAAAUUGUAGGGAAAGAAAAUAAAAGCACAACUGAUGGGAGCAUUGAGAGAAGUCCUGAAAUGAGUAGCAAACCAAUAAAUAUGAAAAAGGACAAGUACAUGAAGAAAAAUAGAUCCUUGGUAAUGACAAGCAUGCCCACUGAGAAGCAGGAGAUAGUUUUCCAGCUGGUCAGAAAUCUGGGUGGUUUUACAGUAGUGGAUAAUGUGUGUGAAAGCACCACUCAUGUGGUGUCAGGUAGCCCACGGCGGACUCUUAAUAUCUUGUUAGGCAUUGCACGGGGCUGCUGGAUUCUCUCAUUUGAAUGGAUUCUGUGGUGUUUGGAGCACAGGCAGUGGGUUCCUGAAGAGCCUUAUGAGCUGUCUGAUCAUUUCCCUGCUGCACCUAUAUGCCGUCUGCAGCAGCAUCUAUCUGCUGGAGAACAUCAGCAGGAUCUGUUCCAGCAUCAGCGCCCCAUGUUUGUGUCCUCACAUUCCCAGCCCCCCUGCAGCAGCCUGGUAGAACUUAUUCAGCUUUGUGGAGGAACUGUGUGCCGGAGUGUGCGUCAGGCUGGAAUCUUUAUUGGAGAGUAUAAUGGCAAGAAACCAGAGGGAAGCUGCAGUCUUUCUGAACAGUGGAUUUUAGACUGUGUCACACACCUCACACUCCUCCCAUAUGAAAACUAUGUCUUGGAAUGAAGAUCCCUGGAAUAUAAUACUCCUGUAUUUGUUUUCUCUUGUUUAGCUACUAUUAUUAAGUAUCUGUACUGUAUUAUGUGUGUUUUGUGUCUGUAUAAUGUAAAUUGUAUCUGUUUACAUUAAUUAAUGCAAUCUGAAUUAACAUGAACAUUUUUAUUACCUAACAUUAAAAAUGUUUAAGUAGGGUAGUGUUUUGUCAUUGUCAUGUUAUUAUUUAGUCAGUUAUGUCUUUUAUGUUCCUGUGUGUGUGUUUUUCCAUUUAAUAAAACUGAAACUGU